GUGCUCCGAUGGAUCUGGAGAUCGAUGACCUAGAGGAGUCUGCAUUUACACUCAAUAAGUCUUGGGCCGAAUGGCUGGAUGUGUUAACAUCGCUGGUGAAGGACUGUUUGCUACCGCUGUUCCUGUUGCACUGCAAGCGUGGACAGGCAAGAUUGCCAGUGGCCUCCAUUGCCGCCAGCCUGGAUGCUGCCGGGGGCAAACCCUUAGUUGGCUCCGCGGCCUUGGCGGCUGCGCAGCUCUUGGCGGAAGCCACUCCAGAAUGGCUUGAACUGGAGAAUCAGCCAGCAGCCGCCUUGAUUUUGCUGCGUCCAGAUGGUAAUGCUGGUAAGAGCCAUCGUCCAGCCACGUGCGCUGGGGUUGUUGCGAAGGGCUAUUCAUUGGCGUUGCCGCAGGAAGGUGGCCCUGCAGGCGGCAAAGAUGCUCCAUCGAAGCGGUGGAAAGCAGCACAGCAAAGCUUCUACGCAGAUGCUCGCUCCUUGGAGAGAGACCUCUCCUCGAUUCAAGCCUGCAUUCUUGGGCGACUGCAAGAGAUUGCCGAAGAGAGAAGCAAACAAGGGGAGGAGCCAAGACCUGUGAAUGGCAGCCGUGCUGCCAGCCCUGGUGCCCAAUCGCAGAAAGAAAAGGAAGGAGCUGGGCAAGGAGCAGAUGAAAGCGUUCUGGGAUUUGUGAGCGCACUUGAGAAGCAUCCAGACUAUCGGGAGCAGGUGUGUCACGUGAAGCACUACCCACCCCGGCCUGCCAAGUAUGCCAGCUUCGAGACUCUGGUGAAUGAGAGGGGCGCCCCGCUCCUUUCUUCAGAAGCCCGACGGGCGCUGAAACAGAUGAACAUCGACGAACUUUUCGAGCACCAGCAUACUGCUCUGACCCUUGGCAAUGGAAGAGUAAUGGAGGUUUCCGAGCAAUUGGGGUACUUCCAAACCAUCCAAAAUUCGACCAUUUUAGUAUUGAAAGCCAUGAUUUUUUGGAGAUCCACCAUUUUAAGAAACCCCCAUUUGGAAGUCAAUCUCAAAGGUCAUGAGCAGAGCACCAUCGCAAAUUGGCAAUGGAGAAACUACCCCGGCACGAUGCUGGCAGAAUCACAGCUGGGUUUCCAGGAUCAUCCAAACUCGAUGAAAUGCUCCUGA